AAUGGAUUAAAGGAGAGGCAGAUCAGGUAAAAAGAAAAAUAGUCCUGAGAAGAAUGAUGAAGCAUAAGAGGAAUUUGUUGUUAAAUCAAAAGGAAAACAAUAAAAGGGUACAAAGUAAACAGAAGAUAAUGAAGAAAAAAAGGGAGUUUAGAAAAUUGAGAAAUAAUAGAAUAUAAAAGAAGUAGAGAAAAAAGUAAAAUAAAUCAACCAAGCAGAAUAAAAAUAUGAAUUGGGAGAUGGGAAAUUUAGUACUCCAACAAUAAAAAUUUCUAGUUGGAAUAUUAAUGGGAUUAGAGCAGUAACAAAACAUGAAGAGGCUGUUUAAUAUUUAAGUGAUAAUAAAGUAAUUUAGUAUAUAAAAUUAAGUUUGAUGUAAUUUGUUUGAAUGAAUUGAAAGCUGAUUAGAUUGUAUUUGACAAAGAAAAUUUAGGCGCUAAAUUUGGAAAACACUAUUUUCUAUAUCUUAAUUUCUGUAAGUCUAAAGGUGGAUAUAGUGGAGUUGCUAUAGCUUCAAAGUAUUUAACAUUCUAUUAUUUAAUAGAGUUAAACCAAUUUCAGUAAAGUGUGAUAUUGGUGUUGAUAAACAUGAUCAAGAAGGAAGAACAUUGACAGCUGAAUUCGAAAAGUUUUAUUUAGUUUCAUGUUAUGUUCCUAAUGCUGGAUAAAAAUUAGAAAGACUUGACUAUAGAACCAAGGAAUGGGAUGUUGAUUUCUAAAACUAUCUAGAAGGACUUAGAAAGAAAAAACCUACCAUAUUAUGUGGUGAUCUUAAUGUAUCACAUCAUGAAAUAGAUCUUGCUAAUCCUACUGGUAACAAGAAAACUGCUGGGUAUUGUUAUAAUUUCUAUUUUAGAUUUACUUAAUAAGAAAGAGAUUAAUUUUCAAAUUAUUUGUAAAAGGGAUGGGUUGAUUCAUUCAGACAUUUACAUCCAAAAGAAGUUAAAUAUAGCUUUUUUAGUGCAAGAAAUAAUUGCAGGUAAUUAAAUAAAUAAUUUUAGAUAAGAAAACAAAGGAUGGAGAUUAGAUUAUUUUAUAAUCAAUAAGGAAGCUUCUGAUGCCAUCAUAGUAUCUGAUAUAAACUUAACUGUUCAUGGUAGUGAUCAUGUUCCUAUUGAGUGUGAAGUAGAUCUAAGAAAAUUAUGAU